AUGGCAGGACAAUCUACAGCUACACAAAAUUUUCCCACUCGGGAAAUUUCAUUGAAGUUUAAAAACCUAUUCUUCAGUCGUAAUCCAACAUUACUGUCGAAAUCACUUGAGGAGCUACGCAAAUUUUCGCAAUCGAAUGUAAUAAAAGCACAAAAAGCGGAAUUAAAAUCAAUAGAAGAUGCAUUUAAAACGUUGAAAGAAGAACUAGAAUAUGUGAACCAAACUGAUGAUGAUAUACUAAUAGUUUCAAUCUUAAUUAGUGCAUUAAUUUUACCGUGUUAUAGAUUUUAUUCCACACAUGAAACAUUUUCAUCCGAUUUUUUCCAAAUAUUCAACCGAUUAAUUGCUCACAGUUCAGUGCUAGAAGAUGAGCAUUAUUAUUUCUCAAUAAUUUCUAUUGUUUCUCGCUCGAAACUUUAUGCUCCGACACCAGUAAUCACAGUUCAAGCGUGGUCAAAAGAGAAAUGGUUAGGAGAAUCACGCGGCGUGAAUCCGUCGACAAUGAAAGAAAAAUACCAAUCUAAAAGAGCAUUUCCAUUUUCUAAAGACUCAACAACUUAUGAAGCCAUUUCAAAUCCGGUCACAUAUCCAAUUGAUAUAGCUGAACAAUACGCUGUUUUUCUUGAAAACGCUCGAGGUAAAAUAUCGCGGAAAACCGACGAUGAACUCAUCAAUCUAGAAGAGAUUUUACUUCACUUAUGUCGUACAGAUUUUAUCAAAGAUGCUUUGAUAAAUGAUAACCAUUGUUUAUCAUUGAUAGUUUCAUUUGCUUUGCAACGCCAUCGAAUAGUUAAGAUCGAAGUUAUUGAUAAAGAUAAAACUCAAGACGAAGGUUUGUUAAAAUCUAUGGAAAAGCAGUUCAUCGAACAACUUGAGUACAAGCCAAGUCGGAUGGGCAACAAUCAUCACACAAAUCAAUUGAUUUCCGUGGACUGUAAAGUCAAAUGGACAGACGAAUGUGAAUUUUUCUAUCGUAACAAUAACAUUCAUGCCCGCCCGACAUUCUUGGCACCAUUGGCAAUGCUUUUAUUCUAUGCUUUACAACACUCUGAGAACUCCGAGGAAAGGUCACAAUGGAAUUUCCUUUUGGAAAAGAUUCAACAGAUUGCAUUGGAUUAUCUUCGGUCUUCAUCAAGAUUUGCUGAAGAUGACGUGAAAGAAUUUUUUCUGUUUAUGUUCAAUCACAAUGACACGGCGAUUCGAUGGAUGAGUACAAAUUUAAUCUGUUCUUUGAUCAGCGACCUCGAAUUAUCCGACGAGGUUCUAUUGACACCUGUAGUUACACCGAAAAUUAUAACGUCACUCAUAGAAACACGGAUUAUCAAACAAACGUUUGAAAUCGAUCCAGUUUUAUUAAACGUCUGCCUGAAAGUUUCACAAGACUGGCAGAUUGAGGAAGUAUGUCAUUUAUUGUCAAUGCUGGCUGCAAGAUUGAGCAAAAUUCCGGGAAAAAGUCACGAAAUUCCUCCGUAUUAUCAACAAUAUUAUCAGUUCUUUGUCGAUUUGAUACACCGGAAUGUUGAUCGUUUGUUAUUACCCAUGACGAAAACGACAAAUGACUUUGAAGAAUUUUGUCACAACAUUCAUCGGUCUCUGUUUCUUUAUUUGUUGUAUUCGAAUUUGAAUCAUUCACAAACAUCACUGGAGUUUCUCACUCAAUUUUACGAAGAUGAUUCAACUGCAAUGAUGCUCGAGGUUUUAUACAAAGAUCCAAACAAUCAACAGAUUCAAAUGUCGAGCAUUCGCUUACUUGAAGUUUGUCGACUCCAUAACUUUCAUCGAUGGAAAAUUUUGACGAGUUUACCGGUUUUUUUCGACUUAAUUGGAAUUUAUCGACAAAAUUACCGUCUAUUGAAUGAAUUGUUGCAACUACUACAAAAAAUCUUUGAAACUCAAUCAAUCUCAAAACUUCAUUCGGCAACUUUAGAUUUGAACAAGCUUUGUCAAUCGCUAAUCGAAAUUCUCCGGCGAAUUUUGAGCAAUGACAAGGAAAAUACAUUUCUAGAUGAUUUUGCAUUUCGUCGACGCUUAUUAUCAACAAGCGCAUUGCUCCUUCUUCAAUUUAUCAAUCGAAACCUACUGAAAUCAUUGACGUUCUCCUCUGAUGAGAUGAAAAUCAUCGUUCAAUCCACGUUAUUUUUUUCAGUUGAAUCUAAGGAAAUGUUCAAAUUCUGUGCUUUUCUUGCAAAAACAAAACAACACGAUCUUGUAAAAUAUUGGCUAGAACAAUUACUGUUUUUGUCACUGAUAACCAACGAUAACGUUCAGGACAGCAAUAAUGAAGCUUCGCAGAACAACAGUAACUCAUCAUUUUCCUAUUAUCUUCAACCGACGAUUGCCGAGAGUUAUUUUGGCAUUUAUAAACACGAAUUAAUCAAAUUUUUAGAAGAAAAACUUCAGCAAACAGUUCAUUUUCUUCCACUGCCAAGCUUCCAGUUUCUCUCACUGUUCGUUCAACAGUCGAUUUCGAUGUUCUUCUCUUCACUUCUACAUCAAGAAUCAACAAUUCGACUGGCUAUUGCCCGAUUGCUAAGUAUUUCAUUAAGUAUUCAACCAAAUGAUUUAACGAAGUUUUUAACAACGAUCAAAGAUAAAAAUUAUGUCAACCGUCCUAUUACAACAGAUUUUCAACCAGUUCAGGAUGAAACUUCUUAUUCAACAUAUCUUGUAGAACGCGAAAACUUUCGUUCCAAUUCGAAACUCACUUUUUGUAUGGUCAAUCGAGCCGAUUUUCAGAAUUUAAUCAAAGAUUUAGAAAAAUCGCUUGUUGACGAAGAUUCAUCGAAACAGGACGAUUCUUCUUUAAAUCCAAUUAAACAAUCUGUCAGUCCAUGUCCACCAGAUAUGGAAUGCCUCAUUCCUAAACGUGAUGCGCUUGCACAAUUAGUCCGAACGAAAACAAUGCUUCUCAAUCGCAAACGUAUUCUCGAAUGUAUUCGAACACCAAUUCACUUAUUGUUACAAGGUGCAACAGGUGUUGGAAAAACAAGUCUAAUCCUUGAUGUUGCCGCUGAUCUCAAACGACCUUUAAUUCGUUUUAACUUAUCAUCAAAAACUGAUGUCGCUGCUCUAUUUGGUUCAAUUCAAUUUCAACAUAAUAAUUCCAUUGAAUUAAAGUUUGAAGAAGGUCCAUUUACAUAUGCAUACAGUCACGGCCUUUGGCUUCUAUUGGAUGAAUUGAACUUGGCAUCAUCAAAUGUACUUCAAGCAAUAGAACAAGCAAUCGAAUCAGGUGUUUUGAUUUUACCUAAUGUUGAGAAUGAAGAUGAAACUCAAAGUGAUGUCAACUAUCGAACAUAUAAAAUGCAUCCGGAUUUUCGUCUUUUUGCUACGCAGAAUCCUUCGAUUGGUCGAUAUAAAGGUGCACGAGAUGAACAAUCGACGGCUUUACUCAAUCGUUUUAGCAUUUUUAUUGUCGAUGCUCCUGAAACUGACGAAUUAACUGAGAUUAUUCAAAGUCGUUUAACUCUUGAAAAAGUCCUAUUUGUUGAUCUAACGAGUUUUAUGAUAAAACUACAUGAGAAUUUGAUGGAUUUGGUACAGAAUACGAACUUCCCUGAAAAUAAUCGAAAUUAUGGUGAAAUUACAAUUCGAGAACUUUUUCGUUGGUGUCAAAGUUUGUGUAACUAUGGAAAAGUGUUUGCUAACACUUCACAAUCAGUGGAAAAACUUCCAGCAAAAGAAUUUGAUAACAUUGCUACUGAACAGGCUUUCAUUAUCUAUGGAGCACGCUUUCGUCAACAGAUUAGUCAACAAAAAGUUGCAAAAGAAAUCGAAAAAGUUUUCCAUACAGAUCCAUUGUUUAAUCGAACAUUGACAAUCGAUUUUCAGAUGCGCGAUAGAAUUGGAUACCGAUUAAAUCAACGUUUAUUACUACAAAUUUUGACGGUCUCAGUCAAACGUAUUCAAGAUGAAUGGCCAUGCCAGUUACGUGAACCACAUCGCCCCGAAGAAUUAGAAAGAAUUGUUCAAAUACAUAAUUUCGCUUUUCGAACACUUCAUGAAGGAGACAAAUUUCAGCAGAUUUAUGACUGUUCCUACGAACUAUUAUGGUCAGUCCUAGAGAAACACUAUGGAGAAGACACAGCGGUUUUAUCAAGAUUACUCAUGGAAACUUACAGCAAUUUAUGUCGCACUCUCACACAACGAAACAAAAUUAUUGAUUAUAUUGUUCGAGAAUAUUCCAGAUCUAAUAUUGAUAUUAAAAAAUCAAUUCCGCCACUUUCAGCAGCCCGCCCAGCAUUUUAUCUUGAUAGUGAAGCAAGUCGAAUUGUUCAUUAUAUUUUGUCUUCAACUCCAACUCAGCCAAUUUUGAUUGUCGGCCCCGAAGGAUCAGGAAAAAGCCACCUUGUACGAUCGAUUGCUACAACUGCACAAGUACGCUGUCAACACCUGUAUAUAACACCACAAACAGAACCAUCAGCUCUAGUUGGUUCCAUUGUCCCACAUCCGCAGUCUCCUGAAUGGCAAGAUGGAGCGGUGAGUGAAGCAGCUGAAAAGGGUCAUUGGCUAAUUCUUGAAAACUUUUCUGAAGCAUCAUCAGCCGUUCUUGAACGACUCAACUCUGUUCUCGAACAGCCAGCACAAUGGAUUAAGGUUGAAAAUAAUGAAACAAUACCAGUCAAAAUUUCACCUCGUUUUCGUAUCAUUGCCACAAUGUCACCACCAACUGAACGUUUACAAAAUGCGUCAAUUGAAACAAAUCAUGAAUUAACACCUGCUUUAUACAAUCGUUUCCUCAUACUUUAUUAUCAAGGUUUGAAUCUGACAUCACUUGAAACGUAUCAAAAUCUCUUUCGAUCGUAUUUUCCUAUUGACGACAACGAACCACUGAUUAACUAUCUUUAUGAUCAAUUGAAAUCUGAACCACUAACAAUAGGGCAACUUGUACAAUGGUUCGAUUGUGCUUUUCAAUUGAAACAUUCAAUAUUCACGAAAGAUCUUCGAUCAAAUAUCUAUUCGAUAUUACUCGCUGGUUUAGAAUUAGUCAUUUCAAAAGAUACUCCAAUUUCUACGAAUAUUAAAACUUAUCUGAGAGAAAAAGCUCGGCCUACAACAAUAAAUUUUUUCGAUGUAUGUGUUUCAGCAGAACAGCGUAAACGACAUAGAGAACAUAUCAUUGACGGUACUCAAACACCCGCACGCUACGAAGCAGCAAAACGGCUCUGUGCAUCAAUUAUCUGUUCUCGACCAGUUCUACUCGAAGGUCCAGCUGCUACAGGCAAAACAAGUUUGAUUGAAUAUUUAGCACACUGUCAAAACAAGCGUCUCUAUCGUGUUAACAAUACAAAAGGAACAACUGUUCAAGAUUACUUUGGCUCUUAUAUGCCAAAUGGUGAAUUUCUGCCAGGUGCAUUAUCUUGUGCUAUGUCUGAAGGUCACUGGUUCGUUGCUGAUGAGUUUGACUUAGCUGAACCAGCUGUCAUGAAUGUGCUUUACCCAAUCCUCGAAGGUCAAAAACAUUUGACUGUGCCAAAUACAGGACGCGUUCUUUUCGCUCAAGAUGGUUUUCGAUUUUUCGCCACUCAAAAUGGUACAACCUAUGCUGGACGUAAACAACUUCCAAAAACUCUACGUUCGCGAUUUCUCGAAAUCUUUUUUGAGAACUUCUCUCGAGAUGAAUUAACUUUUAUUAUAAUGCAAAGAAAACUACCUGGCUUUCAAGGAUCAAAUAUACGUUUGGCCGAAUUCGCUCCACGUAUCGCCUCAACAAUCACAAUUGUCAAUCAAUUUAUCGAAAAUAAAUGUUCUGGUUUAUUAGGUGCACCCAAAUUAAAGUUAACAAUGCGUGAAGUCAUCAAAUGGAUUGGUCGAAAACAGCAAAAGCCAGAUGUUUCAUGGGAAGAACACGCACUAAGACUAUUGGAAUCGAGAGUACCAAAGCAGUAUCAUAGCGAUUUGCUUGUUUGUCUAAAAGAUCGACAAGCUUUACCAGAUUUAAUUGAUGCAUCAAUUCAAAUAAGAAUCGAUGAACAGCAAAUUUCUCUAACUCGUCCACCUGACUUGACUAUUUCAUAUGAUUUUUCUAAUCGUGAAGCUGUCAAUCAACUGCAGCUAUCCAAUGCACCUAGAAGUUUUCUUCUUGCCCUUUGGAGAGUCUUCGCCGCUGCUGAACAACAUGAACCUGUUCUUCUAUUAGGUCCAACUUGUUAUAAAUCUCAUUUGAUUAAAGUUUGGGCGCAAUUAACGAAUAAACUGUCAAAUCUCUGUACAAUCACAUGUUCAACAGCAACAGAAACUAAUGAUCUAAUUGGUUCAAUCAGACCUUAUACACUUGCAGACGCGUUGAACCUAUUAGUUAGCUCCUUAAGACAAUUUCACAAUCGUGUCAAUAGUUGUGGUCAUUUGAUUUCACAACCAAAUUCUAAAGAUUUAGAUCGUUUUUAUGAAUUAUAUAUUGAACCUCUCGAACGAGGUACAGACAAAUUUAUUCAAGCAUUGAAAAAGCAAGCACAUGAAACAAGAUCAAAACGAGCAACAUUACAAGGGCCAAUUUCCGAAACCAUUUCUUCAGAUCUCUCACUCGAUUCCAUUGACGAUGAACUUCUACCUGAUCUAGUACAUGCGGAAAGUCCUCAUUCACUAACACCACCGAGUCGAUCGUUUUACAAGUCUGUGAAACAUGAUGAUGACGAUGUUGAUCGGAUUGAAAGUGUGGAGCAAAUUAAUGAUAUUGUUCGAAGUCAACAAAAAGAAAAACAAUCUUUCGAUCCGUUUGCAGCUCCCGAUAAUGAUGUUAACAAUGAAAAUACACAAAGAGCACCAAUAUCUCAAUUAGCAACUACCACAGCACAAGCGAAUAAGAUACGCGAUCCUUUCGCAGCUGAUAAUGACGAAGAAGAAGAAGACGAAAGUGCGAAUGAUGCGCCGACUCCGCAAUUCACAAUAACAAGAAUAGUACAACGAAAAAAAAUUCGCGAUCCUUUUGCAGCUGAUAGUGAUGACGAUGAUGAUGAUGAAAUCGUUCAAGCAAAUGCUUCGAUUGGUGCACCUACUAGCAUAGUUUCGGUAAUUCAAAAGAAAAUAAAAGACCCAUUUGCUGCGACUGACGACGAUGAUAAUGAUCAGGAAUCGUCACGAAGCCAAAUACCGAUGUCAAAAGAAGAUAAACUUUUAGCAUUUGUUCAUGAUACACAAGCACUUUCGGAUCUCUCGAGAUCAACUUCGGUAUCUUCAUUCAACACUCUGACUGAUGUCAAUCCAAUAUCUGAAGCUUUUAAAGUAAUCGAUGAGACAUUACAACGAACGAUUAAACAGUUGAAUUCCGUAUGCAGUCUUGUUCAACAUGAAAAUGGUGUGAAUCUGAUCAAAAUUCGUUGUGAAAAAAUAAUAAAAGAAAUUCAAAAAGCAGUUCAAGACGGAAAGACGAAUAUUUUCCUUUUCCAAGACGGACCUGUAACAAGUGCCGUGAAAGAAGGACAAAUUUUACUUUUAGAAGAUAUUAAUGAGCCAUCACAAGCAGUCAUCGAACGUUUAAAUAGCUUGUUCGAAACCGAACCAUCAUUUACUCUCUACGAAGACUUUGUCAGUGGUGAUUCAACGAAUGACAACCAAGCACAUCGAUCAAAAAUUCCAAUUCUCCCAAGUUUUCAAGUAUUUGCAACUGUGCAUAUUGAUGAACGAAACGAACACCGUUUGCAGAUAAGUGCAGCUACUCGUUCACGAAUGACGGAAAUUCGUGUCCAACCAUAUGAUAAUAUUGAAAUGAAAGAAUUAGCAAAAAAGAUUGAAACAAACGUCGAAAGAAAAGCGGAAUUUGAUGAAAAAAUUGAAACAUUUGCUCGAGAGCUUUCACCGAUCAUUUCACAGGCGAUGCUAAUCGAUGAAAUAAAUUCUCGACAUUUCAUUCAGUUCGCUGAAUGUUUACAUUUAAAUCAACAAUCAAUGCCGACAGAGAUAGCAGCUGCACUGUGUGUGAGAUUUCUCUUUCUUGACAAUAUUGCUCAAACACAAAAAUCGAUUAUAUCAAAAUUUCAAUCAGCAAAUGUUGCUUGGGGGAAAGUGCUAGCAGCAUUCAAAUGCUCAUAUGAUUGCAUGAAGUUGGAUGAGCAAUUCGAUGAAUUAGGUGUUUACACUGAACUUGAUCAAUGGUGUAAAGUAGAAGAGGUAACUUUGCAGCCUAAUACACCAAGUGAACGAAAGCAUUGGGCUUUGAUAUUAAAAUCUAAUAAAUUGAUCGCUCCGUUUGCUCCUCAAGCAAAACCUUUGUCAAAAGAUUACCGAUUUCCAUUAGCAGUCACAAAAUCUGUUCUGAAUAACUUAUCAAGAAUUGUAUUUUCUUUGCAUUCUUCUAAAAGACAACUUCUUGUUGGUCCACCUGGUGUGGGUAAAACAAGAAUUGUCGAAGUUUUAGGCGAAAUGUUAGGUUACGAUGUUGUUCGAAUCAAUUUUAGUAGUAACACAACAUUCGAAGAUUUGAUCGGUUCAUUCGUUCCACGUGUUAUUCAUGGACAACGCUCAUUUGAAUUUCAAGAAGGUCCUCUUUACCGAGCAUUGACAAAGAAUCUUGAAAAUUCUAUUCUCCUAUUUGAUGAAUUGAAUCUAGCUAGAAAAGAACUUUUAAACCAACUGACGCCAUUAUUUGCAAACGAAGACGAAUUAUUUAUUCCAGCAUUAGCAAAACCAAUUCGAAUUAAAGGUUCAAUUGUGAUCGCUGCAAUGAAUCCAUCAUCGAUCGGUGGCGGAAGAGAAAAACUACCUCGAUCAACUCAAACACAUUUUCUUCAAGUUCAUUUGGCUCCAUUCGAAUUUCAAGAGUUCGAACAAAUUACUAAAACGAUUUUGUAUCCUCAUCUAGUUGCGGGUUAUCUAACAAGUAGAUUAAUUAGAAAGAUCAAUGCAUUUCAUUUUGAAAUCAAUGAAAAAGCUCGAUUAAGACAAAUUGGUCGCAUCGGUGGACCGUAUGACUUCAAUUUAAGAGAUAUUGAAAAGCUAUCAAAUCUCAUCGACGCUCUUUCAGUAACACAUCGAGCUCAUAUGAAUCUUGCUGAACAGACGAGUUCUUCUUCAAUGACAACGUCUAUGAUUGCUGAUGACGACGAUGAUGACGACGAUAGUUUCAACAAAAUAGAAGAUCAAAAUCUUGUUCGAAGUCUUCAUGUAUAUCUGGACAUUGUCUAUGCAUCUCGUUUUGAAAAUAGUCAUGAUCAAGAACUUGUUCGAGAUGUAAUUCGUCAACAUUUUCCUUUGAAGAAUACAACUCAUCAACGCCAAAAUCGACCAACAAUGAUUGAUACUGAUUUAAAUCUUCAAGGUUACGUUCGCUUAGGUUUUGUUUAUAUUGAAAAGAAAGAAUAUCCAUCGCAUUAUCGAGCUUGUGUUCAUAGUCAACGAACAUUAGAAAAAUUACAAUUACUCGCUGCUGCAACAGUCAGCAAAGCAACCGUUCUAAUUGAAGGCGAUGAUUGUGCUGGAAAAACAGCCAUUGUUUGUGAACUGGCUCGACUUUGUGGACGGCGUCUGCUAGUUUUGAAUUUGACUCAUGAAACCACCACAUCUGAUUUACUCGGCUCAUGGACUAUUAUUAAUAAACAAUCGUACGAACAACGCCGAAAGCAAAACAGUCACGCAUUUCUGAAUGAUGUUGUUCGAUUUACAUUAACAACUUUAAUACCACUGGCGCAGAAAUCUCAAGAUGCAGAAACUUUGAUACUCAACAUGAGAUCAAUUCUUUAUCACUGGGAAAGUGAUGACAUUGAAGAAAGACAAAAGGCUUACAAGCAAUGUCAAUUGAUCUUAGAAACUGGUUUGAAACAUUCCAGACAAACUCAAGAAAAGUCCAUUUUAGAUGAAAUUGAGAAAUACCUCGACGCACUAGAACAAACAGAAGAUGAUUGCAAAUUAGCACAACGAUUAAGUGAAGGUCUGACAUUUACAUUCAAUAAAGGACCUUUGGUCCAAGCGAUGGAACGAGGCGAUUGGAUUUUAUUAGAUAAUAUCAACUGUGCACGUGGUGACGUUGUUGAACGUUUGAAUUCCUUAGCUGAAACUGAACCAACAUUAACCUUGUAUGAAUCAGCUGAUGCGUAUCAAUAUCGUCGUGGCCAUGGAAUUCAUAAGGAUUUUCGUUUGUUUGUUAUCGCAAAUACUAAUCGAAAAAUGGCCAAUAAGUUAUCAAGUGCAUGGAGAAAUCGUUGUUUGAUCAUUCGUAUGCAAAAAUUAGAUAAAGAAUUAACAGUUGAUAAUGUUGAUGAACAUGAUUUGUUUGAAUUGAUCAAAGGUGAGCUUCAAGGUAUCAAUGCCGGACAAGAAUUAACUUCGACUCUUCUCAGAGUUCAUGCAUCAUCACAGAAACUAUCGAACGAAAAAGAACUUCAACUGAUUCCAUCGUAUAAAUAUUCGUAUCAGAAUUUAAAACGUGCAACACGAAUUGUACAAACUUAUGCGAUGAAAGGAGAUAAUCCAGUUCAAGCGUUACAAAUUUCAAUCUUUCGAAGCUAUAUCGAUCCAAUUCUAGACAAACCGGGAAAACUGGCUGUAAUCACAUCAUUCAUUAAACAUUUGAAACAUCGCGACAUUCAUAAUAAAACAAGCUACUUAACAUUACCAAUGUUAACAUCCAUGUCAGCAGCCGAAAAUCUCGAAGAACAAAUGGAAUGGUAUGGACCAUCGAGAUACAUCCAUAAUUUGGCUGCAAUCAUUGAAGAAUCGAUAUUAGAACUUCAUUUACGCAUGAUCGAAACAAGUUUUCCGAAUGAUUUAUUCGAUCGAGAAAAUUUUCAUGAUUAUGUUCUCGCAUUAUUCGAUUUCAUUCAACCUUUAUUAAAGAUCAAGCAUGAAACUUCCGAUGAACUCGAUAUAUCUCGUAUUCGAACACAACUUCUUACUUCCAAUCAGAAGCCAACAUCAUUCGCAUCUGAUCUUAAAGAAUACCUCAUUAAAGUUUAUAGAUAUUUUAAAGCAAUUAAACUUCUCAAUCCAUUCGAACAGAUAGAAGAUACAUUAAUUCGAUUGGAUAAUACAAUAACCGAAUGUUUGAAACUAAGUUUUGACUUUAUUCGACAAACUUCCUUUCUCGACGCGCAACACCGACUCAACGAACUACAGCGACUAACGUCGACGGUACAUAGUUUAAUCGAAUUAGCGAAAAAAUUUCAAUCGGUUUCCAGUUCGUCUCGAUCUUCUCUCGUCGAACAUUAUAAUUACAUGAUCGAAGAAGAUUUAAAUCGUUUAUUAAUUCUACAAACCUAUACCAAAUGGAUUUCAUUUCCUUGUCAACCAACAGCUAAAGCUGAUUUAUACAUCCUUUCUCAAACUCAAGAGUCAUUACGACAGCAGAAUUUUACUGCUAAUGGCAAUGAAUCGAAUGAAUCAGCAUCAUCAUUAAAUUUAAUCAAUGUUCAUCUACAAAAGGUUCAAUCGCUUCCGAUCAUAUAUUCAGCUGAUCAACGUUCGGAUAUUAUCUUGAGAUUAUAUCAAUAUCUAUCGAAAAUGAAUGAAAAGAAACUUAUCCUGAUCGCUGCAUCAAAAUUGGAGUUAAAUGUCGCCUGUAAAUUAACCAUGAAUUUCCAAAUAAAACCAGAGUUUGUUGAUACACUCGGCGAACAACAACCUCUGCUGAAUUUUUCGAAUUUGUUGACGUCUUUGAAUCUAAUUUUUUGCAUUCAAACGAUUCUUGAAAAGAUUUUCGAAGAAGUUGAAUCACGCAAAACUGAGCUCGACCGAGUUAAAGAGAAGUACAAUGAAUAUCAAAGUGCUUUGCUUCCAAAUCCAUCCGAGAUCGAUGAGAAAAUUCGUGCUAUUCAUCGAACAGUUGACCAACAUCUUCAAUCCGGGCAGUCACAAGAUAGUGAAAUUGAACACAAAAUACUUGUUGCAGGGAAAAAAGAAAAGGAAUUAACGGACGAAAAAUAUCGUCAUCUAGCUGCUCUCGAAGCAUUCGAACAGUUACAAGAAAGGAUCUUUGAUCAAUUUGUUCCACUUAAAACAUGCUUAAAGCAAUACGAAGAGAAAGGCUGGUUUGACAACAUCAGCAAAUACGCUCAACAACGGCAAGAAAAUCACGUUUACCAACUGAUCGAAACUAUCUCCGGUAUCUAUCUGAAAGAAUACAGCUCCAAUCAAAUCUAUUCGUUAUAUACAUGUCUUGAUAAAGAUACAAAUCAGUUGAAUGGUGAAGUUCUUCGACGAGAGAUCUUCCAAAAGAUCAAUUUUAGUGAUAUUGAUACACCACACGGACGUUCCGCUCUCGCUUUGAUGCAACUGGUUUAUCCCAAACUAUUCCAGCAAAACAUUCUUCUCUUUAUUUGCCAAGAAGACAAUAUGAAUUCCAUUAUACGGAAAUCGCUGGAAUCGAAUAAUGAUUUUGAUAUUGUUAUCAACGUUCAAUUGACAAACUUUCUAAUUAUCGAUAAAAGUUCGUUCAAUCGGUACUUGAUCAAUGGCGAAGGUGUGGCACAUCUCAAUGACAAAGUCUCCGUGAUUCAUUUCAUUUUUGCACAAGAAACAGAAAAAGUGGUGGUUGAAAAAACUCUCGUUCAAUUUCUAGAUCGUCUUGAAAUUGAAAUUCAUCAACGAUCGGUGACAACACAAGUCGAAGUUAGUCAACGACGUGUUUCGACAAACAUUAAGAAAGAUUUGGCUCAUUUUCUUCUUCCAUUUGCCAUCAAAGAAUUAUUUUCCAAAUCUCAACUAAUUAAAGAUCAACCGCUUCCGAUCGAACAAAAAUAUCUCGAACAAAUUCGUUCAGAUAUCCUCAAUUGGAUUCACGAUCAACGACGUUCAGGAGUCAUUCGCAACGAUCAACAAAUCUGUCAAUAUCCAAUUGAUAUUGAAAUACAAAAAGACAUUGAAUUCUUUCUCAAAAUCAUCCAACAAACGAAAACCAUGCUUGAAAAAGUUUCAUCAGCAAAAACCCUUCAGCUCGAUGAUUUAGUUCAGUCGCUUGAUCAACUGAGAAAUGAUCUCGAAAGACCUAAAAUUGAAAAAUUAGAAACAAAACUGAAAAACACAUUCGCACUAUGCAUACCGAAAGAAUCCAAUGCAAAAGCUCGACUUUUGUCGCUUGUUUACGAAAAACAAGUACAAUAUCCUGUUCUGAAUCAAUUAAAAGCACACUUAGCCGACGAUCAGACGAAAUUUCACGUGUUUAUUUCCACUCUCAUCAAUCGGUUACACCGAAUUCAAUGGAAACUCUUGCAACUGCUUCUACGAAAUCAAAGCAAUAUGAACGAUAUUAAUCUUUAUAAAACCGCUCAUAAGACUUCCGAUUUACUCAUAGCAAUCGUGAAGUUCAUAAUGGAUCAGGUUGAUACAUACAGUUUCAAAACUUCAGUCGAUGAAUUCGAAAGAAAACUGACUGAAUAUCACGAGCAAAUAUUGCAAUCUGCAGCAAUGAUACAGCUGAAAACAGCUGAUCAGUUAACUCGGGAUGAGACGAAAGAAUUGGAAAUUUUCACUGCAGCUGAAAUUAAAGAUAUGAUUCAAAUCAGCCUACCUGUUCUAAUCAAUUCUCAAGAACGAACUUUAAAAAGUCGAGUUGGACGUACAUCUUUCAAGACAGAUGCAAAUGAAGAUAUGCUUCAAGUGCAAAAUAUGGAAUUAUCCAAAGUGGAACAGGAACUUGAACAAUUGUUACAGGUGACAAAACAGAAAGAAUUGCCGCGAAUUCAACAUGCGAUUGUCAUGUUAUUGAUGGAAUUGAAUGAAAUCAAACGGAAUCGAACGCCAUUGACGGAUGUGGCUCUAUUAGAGUGGAGGAAAUAUCCCAAACAAAUACAAAAACAUAUUUCACAUGAAACAAUCAAGCAUAAGAAAGUGGAUAUUUUCAAUGUGAAACGAUACAAACAGGAACAAAUUCUGGAUCAUUCAAACGAUCUGCUCAGCAAAACUGUUCAGAAUUCGUCGACGUUGUUCGAUGAUGAACGAGAUGCACUUCUCAACUCGAUUAAAUCAUUGUUGGAUGAAAAAUGUUCAACCGACGAUUCGGCAUCGACAUUUUUACUCGAUUAUUUCCGUCGUCAAACCAAUGAAUUACGAUGGAGAAAAGUCGAAACUUUACUUUAUCAACUAUGCUCGUCGAACGAAGAUACCGAUUCAUCAGUUGAAUCCACUACAGAGAUUUUGAAGUCCUUAAUGAGCACAUUCAUGCUUGUCGACUGCAGAUCAUCAGCUGAACUUUGUCGAAGCUUAUUACAACUAUGUCAAGAACAAAGUCAACAGAUGUCGGAUUCCUUUCAUUUACCUAAAGAUAAAUUGGACAAUUUUCAAGAGAGAAUAUUAACUAAUCUUGUCCAACAACGGUACAAUGAGUUGAAAACAAUGAAUCCGUGUGAUAAAAUGAACCUUCUUCUGGUUAAAACAAAUGAUAAAGAUGUCGAUUCCUGUAAAUUAAUCCAUGUCUAUCCUCUUCUUGUUCAACUCAACAAACGACAUGAAACAUUAACGCAAAUCCUACAUGAUCAAGCAAGUUAUAAUCAACAUGCUGGCAUUCAAUUAUCGUAUCUACGUCUAUCGGAUUGUAUAGCUCUUCUGUUUCCUGAUUUGUCAACAUUCUUUCUCAAGUCGAUUCCAUUCGACACAUUCGAUUUUCAAAACUAUUCCGAAUUAGAAAGAUAUUUCGACGGCGAAAUCUUCUGCAGAUCCGUCCAAAAAAUAUAUGACAAUCAAUUAGUUUUAAAAAAUAAAAAUAGUGUAUCUACAAUACCACUAAUGUACGAUGGUAGUACAACGAAUUCAAAUAAACUUACGGAAUUAUUAAAAAUAUUUACCCGCCGAGUAAAAGAAGUCGGAGAACAAGUCCAGAUUUUUCGAUACGGAUAUCGGCAGUUGUCAGAAUGUAAUGAAUAUCAUGCAUUCUUUGCUCUUCAAUUACAAUUCCUAUUAAAUAAGAUCUUUGCUGAACUACGACCACGUCUGAAGACUUUCGCAGACAAUUUGAAAGAAUCCGAUUCAGUUCUGGCGACAGAUUAUCUGAAUUUUACCUAUUGUUUGAUGAACGAAAAAGGAUAUGAGUUAAAAAAUUGUCAAACACGAAGACAAAAGAUUGAAUCACAAUUGAAUUCUGCAAUUCUAACUGAUCGUGAUCGUCAAGAAUUACAAAGGCAAAAAUUUGAUUUCGAUCUUGAAUGUGAACGGGAAGAACGCAAAUUUCAACGAGAACUCAAUAACGGUGCCGCUUUUCGAAUUUCGAAUUUGUUAAACCUUAGUCAAGAGUUACAAACAAAAAGCAAUGGUUUAUCAUGUCGUCUGAUUGAUUCGCUUGAAAACCGUGCUAACGUAGUGAAUGAUGAUCAAUUACAGUUAAGAACACCUGGAGAAUUCUAUGAUUAUCUUUUCAAAGUCAAAGACAAGAUUCGUGAACUCUCCGAUGAAAAUUUCCAGCAAUUUUCUUCUCGUGUUCAAGAAACGCUUACCAAAUUAAAAGAAGAGUUUGAUAAAACUUCGAAAGAUUAUCAAAGCAUUUCCAAAUGGUUAACGAAUGAUGAUCGAUUACAUCAAUUCUUGCAACGUUGGAUGUUAGCUUAUAAUCUAGCAUAUAUGCAAUUCAUCAAUUCAGUACAGAAUUGGCUUGCCGAUCUUCGUGGUCAAUUCAAUCGACAUGUGAAAUCAAUUGAAAGUACACUUGAUGAAACACGUUCAAUUGUUAAUAAUACAGAAAAAUUACUUCAAUCGGUUGUUAAAGUAUCCGAUCUGUCGUCAAUUACUUUAAAUAUCGAUACAAUGCCGCAGACUAUUCAAGAAUUGACUACAGUUGCUCGAAAAAUGGAAACGUUUGCUAUUAAGGCUCGUGGUUAUUAUUCAGUAGAGAACUUAUCAGUUCUUCUCUUUCAUUGCUCAAGUCUUUAUGCUCGUAUUGCAGUUUUUCUCAUUCAAUUGUGGAAAAACCAAGAGUCAAACGCUCUAAACUUAGCUGAACUACGAAAAUCAAUCGUUACAGUCGGAAAUGAAUCCAUCGAAUGGGAUGAUAACAUGAAACAACUGAUAAAAUUGAGUGGUUUUCGUGAAAAUUCUGAUGUACCAGGCACGAAUAUUCCGACUGAUGAAUAUUCAUUGAAAGAAUUUCAUCAACGUCUACGCCAUGAUUUUGCUCUUCUACAGCAUAGUCUUCAAUUCCAUUACACACAUACAUUUAGCAAUAUUUGCCAUAAUCCAUCCGCAUUACUUGAUGAUAUCGAACGACAAAUGGGAAAACUUUUAGGAAUAGCUAAUGUACCAACAAAACCUAGUAGUCUCAUUCAAGUGAGUUAUGUUCUGAAUAUUUUCAUCAGUAACAUUCGAGAUAUUUUGAUGCGAAUACUCAACCAUUCCAAUGAUAUAUUAGAACCGGACACAAUCAAAGCAUACGAAGCAUUUCAAGAAGAUUUUGUCACUAUUAUGGAUUUUCCAUGUUUACCAAUUGAGUCCGUUCGAAAUAAGAUUUUAGAUUAUAUUCAAAAGGAUAAAUUAGAUACAUUGGCCAAUCAAGGAUUCAUUUUUCUGAAGUUUUUACAAAAAGAGCGAUCAAAAUUGAGUGACUCUUUGAACCAUUUAAGAUCAAUCUUAGAAAACUUCAUUGACGAAUUUGUUCUCUUUUUCCUUCAAUCAUUUCAACAAUAUCAACAAAAUGAAAUAGAAAUUUUGCAAGCGCCUUUUCGUAACGAAAACUUUCAACGUUUAACCAUCGACGAAGUCACUUUCAUCGAAACAUUAAUGCCCGCUAACUUAGCUCGAUAUUCUCAAAUGAUAAGUGAUUUCGAUGCAGGUAUCGAAUGGUAUACACAAUUAGCACAAUUUCUCGUGCAAGGUUGGACGCAAGCAGCAGAAAUUCUUCGUUCAUUCGCUGGUUCGAUAACGUCGUCUAAGAAAUCAAAGGACAAACAAUUAAAAUAUUCUGUAGUUGUCAAUUUAUUCUGUAGAGAGGCGGACGAUAUUCGUCAGUUUCUUCAACUACCGAUUGCACAAUUCAACAGAAGAUAUUCCGCGAAAGAUCUGAUUAAUGAUGAACCAAUUGUUGUGUACUUGACUCGGUUAACAAAACUAUUUCGUUUUGAAUCCUUGCGUCUUGCAAUGAGUAAUUUACAAUGUUUGAAAAGUGGGAUUGAGAAAAACUAUUUUGAAAAGUCUGAGAACAUUAGAGAAAACCUGAUUUCGAUUGUGCAACAAUGGAAAGAGCAGAUAAAUCAAUUAGUUGAUCGGCGAGAAGAACUUAAUAAGAAAGUUGCAGAACAAAUCGAAGCCGAUUAUGGUCGACGCAUUCAAAAUUCCAAAGAAAAAUAUCGCAAUUUAUACAAUCAAUACUCGGAACAAUGUAAAAAGAUACAGUCAAACAUUCAACAAACGAAAUCGAGUAUAAAUCAAAUAUUCAGUGAUUUGAAAUUUAUCGGUAGCCUAUUAUCGGCUGCAAAAAUUCCAUCAAAUCAUUUUGCCAUUGAUGACCAUAACAGAUUGACCAAUGAAGUAGUAAACGUUGUACAACAACUAGUCAACUUGAACGAAGUUGUUCCAGUUGAAUGUCAAUUAAAUGAAGAUCUUGAAGGUAGAGAACUAGCGAACAUGGUCAAGAUUGAUUCAAUUCAAGUGGUUGUCAAAAGAGUUGUUUAUUGUGUAGACUAUUCCGGAGGCAGAGCUAAUCGAAAUAUGUGGAGUACUAUGGUUCAAUUCGUUUCUGAUGAUUAUCGUACUGAAUUUAACUGUCCAUCGAAACCACUGGUAAGAACGGGAUCGAUUUACUGUGUAGAAAACCUUGGGUACCACGCAAUAAAUCCAUCAUCAAAUGUUUGGUGGUUAGUUUUACGUGUACGUUACGAAUAUACCAACGACUGGACCGAAAUAGUUCGUAUACCUCUUGAAUAUCCACAAAUGUGUCUACAAAAUAAUACCAGUAUUCGUUAUGAUUUUGGACUCUGUGAAGCACGUUCAAUCAUUUUAGAAAUUCAUCAUAAUCUAUCCAUUAAUUUGAUGGAAACGAUCAACGUAACCGGACACCAAACAUCGACAACAGCAGCAAUUCAUACUAUAGACCAUCGGUAUAGUGAAAUGUAUACAAAAUAUAAAGCUUUACAACCAUGUCAGAGAUCUAAACAGCUUAAAAACUGGAUUUCAAGCCUUGAAAAACAAUGUCAUUCGAAUCAAAAGAUCCGGUCAACAGUAUAUGAAAUGCCUAUUCCACCGGAAUAUCCUCCUCCGCCAGCACAGGAGGAUAUUCGUUCUCUGGCAGCUGUUGGCCGACAAAAGGACCUUCAAUCUUUGGAUCAAUCGGAUCCGCCCACCCAUCACUAUCUAAUGACACAAUCAUUAUCUCAAGACGAAGAUUUCAAGAAAAAUCUCACAGAAGUAAUACAAAAAUUGAAUACGAUUAUUAACGAUGCUGAACUUUCCUUGUUCGCUAAUAAUAACAUCUUGGAAUUUAAUUCAGCGGAAUCUCUCAAAGAAGACUUAAAACUCUUUCAAGAAAAAUUUCAUUUCGACAAACUUUAUCAAGGCCUAUGCGAAUUGCAAGUAGCGUUCAUUUCCAUACAACAAACAAUUUCAUCAUAUGACAAGUUUAAAGCGCAACUAUUGGGUUCAUUAAAUAACAUCGACAGAGUAGUUUGUACUGUUCGGUUAGUCGAUAGUUUUGGUUACAUAUCGACAGAAACUAUUUACAAACUGCAAACGCCCGAAAUGUUGGGUUUAAUGAAAAAUGCUUUAAAAAUCAUGACGAAUCAUGUAAGUUUAGCUGUACGAAUGAAACAAGACGUAAGAUAUGUUGAAAUACAAUUUAUGCAAUUGAUUCGUUACUUUUUGGAAACGAAAGAUCAUUGUGAGAAAACUUUAAAUCUGGUCAGUGAAAUAAAAGAAUCUUGGUUAAAAAAAGAUCAGAUAUCAGUUCUUACUGCCGAAGAAGUCGAGACAUAUUCGUCUACUUUUGAUGAAAUUAUUACUUCGAUUCAAGAACGUAGAAAGCACGUACGUUCAGUUCGUCAAUCAGUUUGUGACGUUGAAUUCCGUGCCAUUCAAAGUGCUAUAAAUGGCAAAACACUAACUACGUCAACUGGAUCACCAGAGAUCAGUAAAAUAACAGUAACAAAACGGCAAGGAAUUUAUUCGUCUUCUUGUUCAUCGUUGACUAUUCAAAUGAAAGAAGUUAUUCAGCAUUGGUCACCCGUACAAAUGAAAACGAAAACCAUUGAAAUUUUUAACGACAGUGAUGAUCAACUUCAUUUUACCAUUUCAUCAACUGCUUCAGCAAAUUCGUCCACUUUAUUUACAAUUCAACCAUUGAUACUUGUUGUCAAUCCACAAAGUACUAGCUUAGUUAAAGUUCUACUUGAUAGGUCAGUUCAAGAAGGUAAACAUGGUCAAGAAUGGCAAAUGAAGUUACUUAAUCACCCAUUAACGAUUCCUCUUUUUCUUCGUUGUGAAGUUCGACAAUUUGCUAUUGAUAUUACUUUACCUCAGUGUCAAACUACAAACGAAUCUCCAUCAACGAAUGCAAUUUCAACAUAUUCUAUGGAUUUUGGUGUUGUUGCAUUACGUUCAGCAUCCCAUAUCACACGAUCGUUUAUACUAACAAAUCCGACAUCAAUCGACCUUCGCGUGAAAAUUCGACGAGAAGGCGGUGCGACAGGUCGAUUUGAAAUCGAAAAUCGAAAUCCAAAUUUGCUUCUAUUGGCUCACGAAUCACGGACAUUAUCCAUACGUUGGAACAUCCAAGACUUGGUACAGGAUGUUACAUGUACCUAUGAAAUCUACUUCCGCAAAGAUUUCAAAUAUCGUAUUCUCUGCGUAGGCAAAACUCGUCGUAUUACUUAUGAACUGCUUUACCGAUCUCAACUGCUGACUGGAACGGAACACACCGUUGAAUUAGAACCUUGUGUUCCCAAUACAAUUCUUUCAGAAGAACUAUUUAUUCGAAACACAAGUGAAAUACAAAUGGUGCUGAAAGCCCAGACUAAUUCUGAUUCGUCUACUGUCACUACACAUUUAUCACAUUCAGAAGCACUCCUAGAUCCCGGACGGUCAUUGCCGUUGCAAAUUCAAUUCGAUCUCAAAUCCGUUCAUCAGUCAUUGAUUAGUACAGUUGAACUUUGUUUUAUUCAUGCAAUACAAAAUCCUCGAUUCAGAUUGAAAUUCAACACAACAGCUGAUUGGCCUAAACUAGAUUCUACAUUACUUCAAUCUCUAACAAACCUGAAAGUACAAGAAAGCCAAGACCAGAUUAAAGAUAAUAUUAUCAUCUCUAACAAAGGUCCGGUGCCAAUGAUUGUCGAUCAUAUUCAUGCUACAUCAGCGUAUCUAACCAUUCCCGACGAAGUUUGCUUCCCAUUAAAAAUUGCCGCAUUUAAAGAAUUUCGCUGUCCUUAUAUCUAUGAAGUGCAAAAGAAACUAGCAUCAUUUGAUUGUAACUUAAUUCUCGAAGGAAAUUUUGAAGAGUCACUUAUUCGUAUACCUUUUCAUUGUAAACGUAUGGUUCCAAUAAUUUCACUUGACCCACCGUUUAUUCAUUGUGGUACAACAGCAGCAAAUUCAAAAUUAGGUCUGUUUUCAAUUGUGCUUCACAAUACUGGCCACGUUUCAGGCCAAGUUAAUCCAGAGCCAAUAGAAAAUAAUACUUUUGAUUUGAAUAUAUCAAACUGCGAUCGAAACGUCAUUGUUUCUCCAGGAAACUCUCGAAAAAUCGCAUUCCUCAUUGAAAUCAAAGAAAGUGCAACCAAUGGGAAUUUCAGAAUCGAUAUUCCAUUUCUAACUCGAUUUUCGACUUACACAAUUCAGAGUAAUAAAUUAAUUAUAGCAGGACGCAUUAAAUCCGCUGAGAAUUUACCAACGCGAACUAAUUUGGUUGAUCUUCCCACACCGUGGAAACAUUUAACGAAUUCAAACAUUGAACAACGAUUGAAAGCUCUUCUCGAAGACAGCACAAAACCUUAUUCCCAACGAGCAGCAACUGCCAUUAGUCCAAUUAUCAUUGUUCUCACCGCCUUGGCUUAUUCGAACUCAAGUGAACCAAAUCAGGCUUAUUUAGAUGCUUGUGAAUCGAUCCUAACAGCAAUCGAAUCACACUCAACUCAACAUCAAGCUUAUGUAGCAACAAUUCGACAAAAUCUCCUUCAAGCAUUAAGUUCUAUUGCAAGUAAUGAAUGGACUGAAUUAAAACAAAGAUUAGAGAAAAUCUUCAAUGAUUCUUUAUCCCGUGUAAUUUCUGGUGCAAAAAAUGAAACAAAUAAUGAAAGUCUUGCGUUCGCAGUUUACUAUGCUGAAAGUUUAGCUGUUCUUUUCGAGGAAUAUGCUCAAGUGCCUGGCGAACAGAUCUUAGCACGUUUAAUUGAAUACGAACGACAAAAUCAUCUCGAUCUACAACGAGAAGAAAAGGCAAAGAGGCGUCUUUUAGAUUAUACAAUUAAUUUGAUCAGCUUUCAACCUAAUAGAACAUCACUGUCAGGAAAACAACGACAACAGUUGAAAAACUUUGUUGAAAAAGUUCUCGAUACAAUAACAAUAAUCGAACAAACUAAAACACUUUAUCAGCCGAUAAAACAUCUCCUACUUCAAAUGAGCUCGGAAUCGACCCAAAAUUCCUUGAAAUUUCUUGAUUAUUUACUUCAAUUUGCAUUCAAUUCGCAACCAAUCAUUGAAAACCAAAUUGUUCAGAAAGCUAACGAAUUCAACUUUAACUUACCCGAUAUUGAUUUGAUUCGAAGACCACCGUUCAGUACUGACGGUUCUUUAUCAACCCGAUCGAUUUUGAAUUACAUUCGCGAGCAAAGAAAUGAAUACAAAAAUAUUAUUGAAUUUGUUGAAUUAAGUGAAAAAUUAAUGAACAAUGGAACUACUUUGAGCAUCACCGAUUUCGUUUCCAUUGCCUUCACAACCAUAUUUCUGUCGUCGACAUUUGACAAGGAGCUGAGAGACGCAUUACAUUCUCUAUACUGUCUACUGUCAAAUAUCAACGAACGACUUCAAACUUCAAAUCAAAUCAGUCAAAAUUGGCCGAAGAUAGUCAUUGAUCUCUGUUCAUCAUUGAAACCAUAUUUUGAUAUAAAAAUGGUUCACGGUUUACAAACCAUUGUUUCUGUUAUUCUCAUCUCUGAUCAAACAUCAGUCUGUGGUAAAAAAAUGUAUUUCAGCAUACUAGGAUCAAUGUUAUCUUUUGGUUCUGAUAACUGUCAACGUUUAUCAAAAGUAUUUAUAAAACUAGCGGACGUAUCAUCACAAGCAAAUUUAGUAGAAUAUGCAUUUCAGCUCACCUAUUACUAUCAUCAAAUGCCGAGAUUAGCUUCAGAAGGUUUAGAAUAUGUACUCAAAUUGGUCGAGCGUUCUCGUCAACCUUCAAGUUCAGUAUCAACUGCAGAUAUUCUUGCGGAAUGUGAAGAACAUAUCGCUACAAAGUUCAAUAUUCGACAUCGAGAUCGAUUAACCAUUACUUUACGAGAAUUGUUCGAUGCAAUUACAGCGAACAAUCUAAGACAGUAUGCAAACGAUUUGUUAGAAAUCCUUUCAUUAACAGAUUCGAAAACACUAACACCAUUUGAUGCUUUACGAUUGAGUUAUCAGUUCUUGAGUUCUAUGAAAAAUUCUUCUUAUCUUGAGCUCCAUCCCUUGGACAAAAGCAAAAUACUAUUUGUAGAUCGAUCAGAUUCUAUCAUCAAUUCAAUUGAAAAUCUUCGAACAGUUUCCAAUGAAAAACGUCCAGAUUUAGAUAUGCAUGUCAUCAUUUUAGAAACAAUUUCAUGUAUUCCUAAUCUUCAAUUGAAAGAAUCUCUUCAACCUAUUGUCAAAGCCAUGCAACCGUCGUCUAUGAUGAACGAUCAAGAUGUGUUCAUGAUAGACAACGUCUUAUCUCUAAUUUCGGAUGAGAAAGCUUCUGAUAACAUUCGUAGCACAUUUCUUACUCUUCCAACGAACAUUUCUGACCUUUCAAGACAACAAAUUUGUGAAUGGAGUGAACAAAUUAUCGAGUCCGAACUUGUCAACAAUGAUAAGAUUACUUUAGGUGCAAUUAUGCAACGUGGUGCCAAUGAACCCAUUACAGCUUUGAAAUAUAUUGCACAGCUCCUCCCAGACAAUAUCCGAAUAGAUUUUAAUGAAAGAAUCGAACGAUGGGCUGCAAACACAAAACAGAAAGAGGAUGUGCUUUUGAGAAGGAUAUAUGACGACUAUGGCAUCGAAACUAGUAGAGCAUUUUCAAAAUCAUUGAAAGUAUUGAAUCUACUUCAAACCAAUAAAUACGAAGCAUUGCGAAAACUCUCUUCUCUAUUAUUAAAUCAACAAAGAUAUCGGCAGAUAUUCGAAUCAGUUGAAAGAUUAGAUUAUUCACAAGAUGUCACACGAAAAAGCCUUAUUCCAGUCAUCUUAGAUUUAGCGUCUCUCAUGGCAUCGGAGAAACUAUCUGCAACGCUUCAAGUUAUUUCGAAAAUCUAUGUGAAUUUACAAAAUGAUAAGAAAACACUAGCUAUUUCGCAAGCUACUACGCUCUUUCCUUCGAUGAAAGAAGAAAUUUGUCAAAUUGUCAACAUUUUAGACAGUUUAUCGACACGGUCAACGAUAACGAAAGAUUCUCUUGAACAUGCUUUUGAAUUGAUUAUUUCUUUGAAUGAUACGCAAACUGCCCGAUCGUUGACAUUGAUUUUACAAUUGAUCCAACAUGUUCAAAAUUAUGAUCGAGAAGCAGCUAUUGUUUUAGUUGCAUCUGAAUAUCUUCAACGUUCACCAGAGCACGCUGUACCGUUCGUUAGCGACUUAUCAAAAGUUUUCUCUCAAACAAACGAUCAAUUUGAAGUUUUGAAAAUACUAUACGUCAAAGACGAAUUAAAGACAGAUUUAUCAACUUAUCUACGUUCGAUUUAUCAGCUCGCAAAAGAAUUUGAGCGCACGAAAAAGAGUACAAAUAAAGCAAAGAUUAAUCUACUAAAAACUACCUUAAACAUUGUUUCAUCGUGUUUAUCAAAUGAAGUUUUGAGAAACAGACUUGCAGCGAUUUAUGAUUUAAUUGCAUCAAUCGAAUCAAAUGAUGUUCAACGAGUAUUGAAUCAAUUCCAAGUAACUCUGAAAACUUAUCUUCCACCAGGUUAUUAUGAUCAUCUCGAAUCAAUAUUUAAAUUAUUGCAUAAGAAACUCGAUCGACAAUCAAUCACCGAUGAGUCAAUUCUUUCAAUUGCCAAUUCAUUAUUUAAUAAUGAAGAAAAACAAAUCUUCAAAAAUACGAGUAGGAUCAUUAACAAUUUUCCCACUGAGAAGACGCUCUCAGAGGAUGAAUAUCUGGCGAUUUCUAUUGAACUCAUGUCUCUAUUUGGCAUUGACACGCCGCAGAUCCAUUUAUUCGAAACAGGUAAAAACAUAAGGAACGCUGUUAUGAGAUUGACAAGAAUGAUUCAAACAUUUCCACCAUCAACAAUGAGAAAUAAACAAGCGGAACAGCUUUCUUUUCUCGUCCAAACAGCAUUCGAUUUGAUCAGCAGCAGUCGUCCAGAUCAUCCUGAUGCAAUUCGAGCAGCGUUUUCCACAAUAUCAGGCAUCGCGAUGUUCCUUAAAGCAAAUAAUACAAUCACAUUGGUCUUAGAAGCUAUUGGACUAGCAAUCAAUGGAACUCAGGAAAACCUUUUCAAUGAUACAACACACAUAGUAACUCGAAUCGAAACAAAACAAUCGGUAACUCGUCCUAUGCUUGACAAAAAAGAAGAGCUAAUUAAACCAUCGAUUUCGUAUACUAUGACCUUAGCACGUCCUGUUUCCACCCAAGUAGAAUUGAAUCGAACUGCCGACAUACACGAUGUUUCCGUUUCACAUGGAAUUUUAGAUGAGAAUCCAAUCACUCCUGAACCGUCAUCACCAAGUAAUAUUUCUCUGGAGAAUCGAGUCGUCGCCGAAAAGGAAAUUCGAACAUUAACACAACAAAUUGUUCGUUUAAAUCAAGAAUCUGACGAACAAAUCACCAGUAUACUACAACAUGAUGAUUUCGAUCUUUCGCAAACAAUAACAUAUUUGUCAAAAGCGAGUCAAAUAAAUAAAACCAUUCAAUUAACAAUCAGCGCUGUACAACAAAUGGCAGCAAAUAAAAUGCGUGAAGAAAUAAAAAAGCUCGCUACAUCAGAUCUUCCACAAGUGUUUUCCGUGUCAUUACACUUAUAUAAACACUUAGAAUGGAUUGAUCGAUAUACAUAUGAUAUCAGUGGUCAUAUCAAAGACAAAUGCCAUGCAAUUCAAAUUGAUUUAACUCAAGUAUUAGAUAAACUUUGCGAAUCGGAAGAACUACGUCGAAUGUGGAAAUCGAAUAAGAAAAGCGAAUUCUUGGAAGACUAUGAUAUACCUGAAGAUGGAGACAUACCUGAGAUAAAACAUUCUGAGCUAAGUCAACAAGCACAAGAACGUAUUGUUCUCGAUCAAAUUCAACAAUUAAUGCAAACCUUUGAAGAUUCGAAGUUUAGCGAAGGUACACUGUCGGAAAAAUCCGCAUCCAGUCGAUUCGGUGUUCAACUGGAAAAUCUACUUUCCAACUAUGACAAAAAUGUCAAUACAAACGACGAUGAUGAUGACAGAGAAAUGAAAAAUAUGUCCAAUCUAACUGGAGCAACAUCACUGAAAACAGAAGAUAGUUCCGUCGUAGAUCGAGACAUUAUUUUAGAAAUUGAUGAUCGAGGUUCUGUUCAGUCGAAUCUAGGUGGUACUCAUUCAUCCACUGAAACGCAUCAAAAACUUUUGAGUAAAAAGAUGCGUGUGAAAAUUAUUGACGAAGUUGAAGAAACGUCAAAUAAUUCAGAAGCGAAAAAGUAUCGAAUGACAGUUCGUAGAAAAGAUUUAAAAGAACAAGCAAAAAACGCAUUCAACAAUUUAUUGAAAUCUGUUAACAAAUACGACAUUGGGCAAAUCACAGAAACGUGCGACCCGGAACAGUUACCUAAUAUUCAAUUAAACAAACCACGGUACGCUCUAUUAGCUCGCCUAACACGAAAUAUUCAAACAAUGUUAUUAACACGUUUACGUUCAGCUUUGGCACGUGUCUACAAUCAUCAACAAAGUGAUCUUCAGUUUGAGUUUAUCUUCUGUGUUGACAAUAGUGGAAGUAUGAAUGGAAAAAAGAUUCAAGAAGCUCUCAACACCUUAGUAAUUCUCAUGGAAACAUUUCAUCGACUCGAAUGGAAAUUUGCUGUGUUAAGAUUUGGUGGUGAACAGAAGAUUCUUAGGCCACUUUCAUACAUGUCAAUGCAUGAAACCGUUGAAAUCGCAUCCGAUGAUCAAACAUCAAAUCUUCAACAGAAAUAUUUGGCACAAGGACAAUUCAUUCUCGAAUCAUUUACUACAGAUGAAAAGACUUUACCAGCAACAGCUUUAAGACAAGUCGCCGUGAAUAAUCAACUGUUUGGUGAACCGAAAAAGGCAAAUGCGAAACGUUUUAUUAUCAUGAUCACUGAUGGAAUAUCACCACAAACAGAUCCAAAAUUAUUUCAUACAGAAUUAGAACAAGCAGAUGCGAAACUCUAUAUCGUUUGUAUUGUACCUCCGUUACCAUCCAGAGGAAAAGAUGUCGAACAGAUGACUGACUACGAAAAACAAAGUCUUGCACAUGAACUGAAAACAAAAGAAUUUAUUACGAGUGUUGCACCUGGACGGAAUCAAUUGAUCGAAAUUGGUCAAUUAAACAUAUUAACAAAAACAGUUGUCAACGACUUGGUUAAUCUUAUUGAAGAAUCAAUAUUAACUCAUCUUAAACCAAAUAUUAGUAAUAUGAAAACAUCUCUUUCAAUGAAUCUGACUAAAAUCAACCGAAUCAUUCCAUUUAUUUUAUCUCGUUUUGAAGAUGUAACAAGUUGGAAACAUCCUGAAAUUCAUUAUACAGGUCGAUCAUACAUUAGUGAUUCAAGACGAAAACUUGAACGACAAACAGCUCAAUCACAAUUUGACAUCGAUUUAUCACAUGCUUCAAAAGAAUUUCAUGAACAUUUUGAUAAAAUAAUGACUGCGCUAGAACAAAGUUAUUCAAAUUUAGAAACUCAUGAAGCCAUUCUUAUGAAUACUGAUAAGAUUUUACAACAACUUGAACAACAAUCUGAAUCUUCGAUCAAUGAUUUAGUUCGAGCUUUAGAAGAUAAUAUUCUUCCAGCAUAUAAACCAACACAAUCUUUGCCUGAUACAAGAGGAAAUCGACUGUAUAUUCCAGGCAUUGUUCGAUUUAUUUGUACACAAGGUCAAUACAAUCGCAUUUAUUUAAAUCAAAUUGGUGCACCGAAACCUGAAUAUCGUAUUGCUUUGAUUCUGGAUCAAUCAGUUUCAAUGACAGGACCAAGUUAUUUUGCUGCUGUUGACAUCUUCUUAUCAUUUUGUGCAGCAUUGAAUCGCAUCGGUAUUGAAGACUUCAAUGUCUUAGCAUUUGGACGGAAAGUCGAACUAAUAAAAACUUAUAAGCAAAAUUAUGAUCGAUUGUUUCUACAUCAUUUUCUAAGUGCAUUGAAAAUUGAUGGUGAAUGCACAUUGUUAAGUGACGCCGUAUUUGCAGCAUCAGAAUUACUUCGCCAACAAUCAGCUGCGAAUAGUAACAAUGGUCCAAUGAUGAUCUUUGUCUUCACCGAUGGUUAUGAUACACGUGGAGCGUUUAUUCAACGAAUGAUUUCUUAUGCUGAACAACAAUUAAUCACGGUUCUUGGUUUAGGUCUCGGAUUUGAAUCAAAUGGAGUCAGUUUAGCAUUCAAUGAUUGGAUUAUUACACAAAAUCCAUCUUUACUUUCGGACGCAUUGAUUCAAUGGUCAAAUGAGCAAACCGAUGGACAAACACCGAAUGAUCUCUUGUUUCAUGAAGAAAAUUUGUCAGCAAUUCUUGGAGAAAAUCAAGAACAUUAUUCAUCAACGGAUGAUAUUUGGAAAGAUGUGAAAAUGCAAAGAUAUUUUGAUUUAAUCACAAAAAAUGCUCAUGAUGCGAUUGAAUUGACAUUUUCCAACAAUGCAUUUGAUAAUCCACUGAUUAUAGAGAUUUGCUUCGUUAUGGAUUGUACUGGUUCCAUGGGGCCUUGGAUUGAAGCAGGUAAAACUCAUAUAUUAUCCAUUGCGGAAAAUAUUCAAAAAGAGACGAAAGAUAAAUUUGGUAAAAGCUCGAUUUUACGAAUGGCAUUUGUUGCAUACCGUGACUUUGCAAACAACGAUCAACGUUUUGAUGUGAUUGAUUUUCAAGAAUCAAAAAACUUCGAAGCAGUGCGCGUGAAAAUAGCAAGUCAAAAACCAAUUGCAAAUGAUGAUGCAUGUGAAGACGUUCAAGGUGGUUUGGAAAAAGCUUUAGGAUUGAGCUGGACGCCGAUUCCAGAAACUCGUUCGUCUGUUCGAAACCCCGAUCAACCUUCAUGUGCAGCAAAGAUGAUCGUUUGGGUUGGUGAUUGUCCAGGACAUACUAACUUUUGUCACAAUAAAGGUAGUGCUUGGGACAAGUAUUUAAAUGGUUUACCUGAUGUUCGAUCAAUGGACAAAAUAAUCAAAGAUAUAAGCGAUCGUGGUA